AUGAGUCCAGAUCACAACGAUAAGGGGGUGGAUUUCAACAGCGCCGACGACGACGAAGAGCACAACACCGCUGCAAUCUGGACAGGAGAGCACAAAGGCCCUACGACGAGGGGGAAGAGGAAAGAUGGGAGGGAAAAAUUGAUCGAAAUCCUAUCCAAAUUGCAGGUUGUUGUACUUUUCCAACAGAGAGGCGGGAACCUGGGGAGCCAUUCGAUCGUUUCAAGGGCUACUUUACCUACAACGGACAUCGAGGAUGAAGUGCUCUGGGCCAAGGGAACCGAGGGACUGGAACAGGGGCUCGGCAAGCGCCGAAGAUCGCGAAAUAUUUUUCUCUUGUUUCUCCAACACGUUCCACGAUGUCGCCCAAGUUUUUCCGUCUUCGCCGUUGUUGUAGGCGUCGAUAGUCGCCUCGCCAUUGUCAGUGUCGAUGUCCGCAGCUUAACCAUCCAUGAUCGUGAAGAACGCCGUGGAAAAGGGUGUUGUGAUCAUAGGCUUUUGAUCGUUCCCUCAUCCUCAACCCUCGUCAACCCUCUGCCAGCCAUCUUCAACACUGAACACUGUAUUUAUUCAAGGGAUAACGACAUCAACGUUACCGCCGGCGUCGGCCUCUUCGUAUCUUUCCCCUUGGAUGUACAUUUGGUCCUGACCAUUCCUCGACCGUAUCCCUACGCCGCUGUAAUCAUUUACUGCAAGGAAUACGACGCUUUGUUUCGCUUGAAGCCCGUCGAAUGA